CACCAGAACGACGUUUCUGCGCAUGUUUAAGGGAACACUUCCGUAUGAAGGUUAAAAGGUUAUUUUUUAUCUAGUUUUGUAGACAACAAAAAGUGCAGAGUAACUUGACAAUGACGGACAGUAAAUCCCAUGACCUCAAAACCCAAGAAAGCAGAGUGAUGGCAGUUGAUGAAUGGCUGGAUCGAUGGAAAGAGGGCAAGAUUGGAUUCCAUCAAGACCAAGUACAUAAGCUGUUGAAGAAACAUCUUGAUGCAAUUCUUGAUGGAAGGAAGAAAAUCCGUUGGUUUUUCCCACUGUGUGGAAAAGCUGUUGAUAUGAAAUGGUUAGCAGACAUGGGUCACUCUAUAGUGGGUGUAGAUGUGAGUGAGAUUGCUAUUAAAGAAUUCUUCACUGACCAAAACCUUCCCUACACUGAGGAGCCAGUGCCUGCAAUACCAGGGGCCAAGGCCUUUAAGAGUUCUGAUGGAAAAAUAUCCUUGUACAACUGCAAUUUAUAUGACUUCUGUAGCUCAAUUGCUGGCAAAUUUGAUGGCAUCUGGGACAGAGGUUCCUUAGUAGCAAUUAACCCUUCGGAUAGGCAACGCUAUGCCACAUUGAUCGUCUCUUUGAUGACCAAAGACUGUCGCUACCUCUUGGACACCUUGCUGUACAACCCAAGUUUAUAUAAGGGUCCUCCAUUUUAUGUACCAGAUGAUGCAGUUGCAGAUUUAUUUGGUAAAAUGUGCAACAUUCAGAUGUUGGAGUCUGUUGAUGCACUAACAGAAAGACAGAAGGCCUGGGGAAUAGAUUAUUUCACUGAGAAAGUACAUCUUCUGACCCUGACUUCUUGAUAAAAUUGGAUUUUGAGCUUUUGUGACCAAAAAGUGAAUUGACAUUUGGGUUGUUGCAUAUUAUGUAUUUUUCCCAAAUUAGUUCUUUUUUUUGAGAGAGAGAAAUUAUUAAAAAGGAAGAAAUAAAAACUAACUAAAGGAUCA